AUGAGUGCGCCUCGCAUCAGCCAACUAUCUGGCUCCACAGCUGUCUCCGGCUCCUCGGCAUCGCUCAACACCCUGGGCAACGGCUCUAUGAACGGGGGCAACGUCAUCCCUACGGCAAACAUCAUCAACCAAAAGGCCGAUGCCUCCCGAUCCCUCUACCAGAUCUGCCUCUCGCUCAAGCAGCGACUGGCCAAGGUCCCCGGCUUCGAGCCCUACCUCGAGGAGCUGGAUCCCACAGACCCUGUCGAUCCGCUAUGGAACCUCUUCCGCACUGGCUUCCCCCUCAUAACCAUAUACAAUGCGCUGCAACCCGAGACCGUACUCGCCGUCGACCAGAAUGCCUCCGAGGCCAAGAAGCCCAAGAUUGCCAUCUUCAAGUUCGUCAAAGCCUGCAUGGAUGAGCUCAAGGUGCCUCCCCAGGACAGCUUUGUCGUCACCGACCUGAUGGGCACCGACACAAGUGGCUUCGUCAAGGUCACCCAGGUCGUCAACUACGUCCUCGACCUGGCCGAGCAGCGGGGACUCCUCAUGCAGCUGCAGCCCUACCCGGACGAGCCCCUAGCCGACCCAGCCCAGAAGCCCCAGAUGACCUACCGCGACCACAUUGUCAAGGAGCUCGUCGACACGGAGCGCAAGUACGUCCAGGACCUCGAGAAUCUGCACGACCUCAAGACGGACCUCGAGCAGAAGGGCGCCAUUCCCGGAGACAUUGUCCACUCCAUCUUUCUCAACAUCAACUCGAUUCUCGACUUUCAGCGCCGCUUCCUCAUCCGCGUCGAGACGACAAACUCGAUGCCUACCGCAAUCCAGAAGUGGGGCGCCCCCUUUGUCAUGUACGAGGACGCCUUCGACAUCUAUCAGCCCUUCAUCGCAAACCAGCGAAAAGCCGCCCUCAUUGCUCAGCAGGUCUUUGACCAGAUCCAGGUCAUCAACCAUCCCGUCGCCCUCGAUUUCAACACGCUCGACGGCUUCCUCCUGAAGCCUAUGCAGCGCCUGGUCAAGUACCCUCUCCUCCUCAAGGAUCUGAACAAGAAGACCGAGGACCAGGAGACAAAGGCCGAUCUAGUUGCCGGAUGCGAAGCCGCCGAGAGGGUCCUCCAGAAGGCCAACGAGGCCGUGAACCGCGAUCUCCUCGAAGAGGCCUUUGAGGAUCUCAACUCUCGAGUUGACGACUGGAAGAAUCACAACAGCGACCAUUUCGGCCAGCUGCUCAUGCAUGGCAUGUAUACUGUCAUCACCGGCAAGGUUGAUCAGGAGAAGGAUUACGGUAUCUACCUUUUCGAAAACAUCUUGCUCUGCUGCAAAGAAGUAUCGGCCAACAAGAGCAAGGACAAAAAGGACAAGACUAGGUCUACGGGCCCAAGGAUACGGAAUAAGAAUGCAAAGCUCCACCUAAAGGGGAGGAUCUUUAUGUCGAAUGUUACCGACAUCUUGACACUUUCAAAGCCUGGCACCGGUGCGCAUAGUGUACAAAUCUGGUGGAAGGGCGACCCUGGUGUGGAAAACUUUACCAUCAAGUUCCCCAACGAGGAAAUCAUGAGAAAAUGGGCGGACGGGCUCGAGGUCCAACGCAAGCAGAACGGUCCUCGAAUUUCGGGUGGCGGUUCUGACGGCCUCCCCGACGACUUUACCUGGAACAGGUACCAGGCCCGCAACCUAGAGAACCCCUACCUGCAGCAGCAGGACGAAGAAGACGACGACGAACACGAAUACGGCCCUGCCACGGCACCAGCCCAGUUCCCGGUCCCCAGCCAGCCUGUGCUGAUGCCGCGGACAUCGUCGAGCUCCAGCCUACGACAGCGAUCAGCAACCAACGAGAGCACACAGUCGCUGGCCGGUAUCGCAAGGGCGCCACCUCCGCGGUUCCCCAUGCCGCCCCCGCCCGCACCUCUCAGCCUCCAGAUCCAGUCCGCAAACGGUGCAGUCUCGCCUGGAUCCCGAGUGACGGACAGCUACUUCUCGCCCAUUGACAACUCGCCAGCGUCGUCACGGACGAGCAACGCCAGCGGCCUGUUCUCAAACUUCCCGCCCUCUAAGGCGGGCACGCCGCAGCCCAUGUGGGACGACAACAACCGCUACACGGCACCAGCCAUGCCGCGCGCACCAUCGCGCGACGAGAACUCACCCAACCCAGGGGCCAUGAAUGGCAGGAACCCGCGGGGCCCCUCACUCCCCGCCAUGGCGACACAGCACAGUGCGGCACAGCAGCAGCGGAGCCGGUCAUAUAGCACGCCCGACAUCAACGCGCCGGGCGGCGUGCGGCAGCGUCAGGCGAGUCAGGGCGGCAGCGUGCCGGCCGUGCCGGGGAUCCCCCAGCACCUCCACGACAACACCAUUCCCCGGUCCCAGACGUCGUCGCCGCGGAAUGAUCUACCCAUCCGCACCAACACACAGAGUCCAGGCGCUCAGCAACGGAUGCACCAGCACUCGGGAUCCCUGGGCGGGCAGAUGGGCCAGUUCCCCACCCAGCCGAUAUACCCGCGGGGCAGCCAGCCGCCCGCACCCAACCCGGUACGCGUGGAUGCGGCGGCGGCCAACCAGCGGGCCAUGUCGACAUCGCUCGGGUCGGCUAACCCCCUGGCGUCGCCGCCAGCGACCAGCCCCAUGGGGGUCAACGCCAACGGCGGCAGCUCGGAUAUGCCGUUUCCGACGCAGCUCAAGGUGCGGGUCAACCUGGACAGCGGCAACUACGUGACGCUGGUGGUGGCCUUUAACAUCUCGUACCAGUCGCUCAUCGAUCGGAUCGACGCCAAACUGGCGCGCUUCACGAGCAACAGCAUUGGCAAGGGUGUGCUGAAGCUUCAGUACCGCGACGAGGACGGCGACUAUAUUGUGAUACAGAGUGACGACGACAUCCAGAUUGCCUUUAUGGAGUGGCGAGAUGGCAUGAAGAGCAUGUACUCCGGUGGUGUGGGGGAGAUUGACCUCUACUGUGUUGGGGAUGCAACGAGUGGUUAA